UGGCUAUUUUCUCACACAGUUUUCAGCAGUGAGAUAUUUGUGAAGAACAAGAAGCUAGAAUGUGUCCUGUGUAGAGUUCUUGCAGACGGAACUUCCACUCUUAACUUCGUUUCCCGUCCUGCAUUCGCUCUUUGCAGUCGUGUUUACGAUGCAAUGGCCUCCACUUCAAUCCACCGAAGUGUUCGCAACGAGGAAAACGUAGGGCAGGGCGUACGAAAUGCCAAGUCAGCUGAUUCUCAAGCAGGUUCAAAGCCUGCGCGGAGGGCGCUUGGUGAACUCACCAAUACAUCUCGAGCUCCUCUUUCGAAUCUAAGUAAUGUCACAAGCAAGAAAACUUCGAGUCAUUCGAAACCUGUUUCUCACUCGUCCUCAGCAACUUCAAGUCGUCGUCGCCGAACUGCAAAGGUUGACUUGGAGAACCCGCCGGAUAUUGAACGAAUGACGCCAUUCCGGGAAAAACCUGAAGGGCCCAUCCUGGACAGGGAAGUGUUGGACUGUACAAAAGCCUAUCGCACUGAUUUUGCCAGUUUCCUAUCUACACCACUGAAAAUGGAUGUCAGCUUGCCGGCCGAUGUUGACACACUUUUCGCCACAUCAUCAGACGAUUCUCACGACGAUGAAGUGAAGAUGCAAGAACUUAUUCAGAAAUCUGAGGAGGCAGUCAAGGAGGCUGCUUCCAUUGGCAUUGAACUUGACGCGGCCAAUAUUGACCUUGAUCAGCUCCUAGAUGAUCUCAAUCUGUUCUGAAAUCUCCCCCUAUCUGUCCCACUCUACCACUUAGUUUUCUUCCAUUGAAGUUAGGUUAAAACGGCUUACGACAUUAAAACCAACCAGUUUCAUCUCCAUCUCUUACUUACUUUUAUUUACGCUCUCCUAGGUGACGGUUAUUGUACAUAUUGUUUUGCGUGAACGCACACCCAAAUACUUGUAUGUCCGUCCUAUCAAAAUGAUUAUGCUGCACAUUUA